AUGGCAGCCGAGCCGGAAGAGCAGCAGAAUGACGCGACGAUACAGGGCCGUGUAACGGGCCUUAUUUACCCUCCCCCGGAUAUUCGUGCAGUAGUGGACAAGACGGCACAGUUUGUGGCCAAUAAUGGACGAGCAUUUGAAAGCCGCAUCGUUGGCGAGCGCAUGUCGACCAAGUUUUCAUUCCUGCGGGAUUCGGAUCCUUAUCACGCGUAUUACGAGCAUAAAGUGAAUGAAUUUAUCGUUCAAAAGAGUGAUUCAGUGACCUCAACUCAAGAGCCUCAGGACGAGAAAACAGAGGAGCAGACGGAGCUUUUGGAGCGGCAAAAGACGGCGACUCAGGAGGUUGUCAAGACUGUGGAAACUACGGGCGAUGUGGUCGUCGAGAAGAAACCAGUUCAGGACGUAACAGCUCGAGUGGCUAUGAAGAUCAAGGAGAAAGAACUGGAGCCACCACCUGAGGAGAAAUUUAUUAUUAAACAUCCGACACUUGGUGCACUGGAUCAAGAAAUCAUGUACUUGACGGCACAAUACACGGCGUUGAGUGGGAGUUCGUUCCUGUCGGGAUUGGCUACACGGGAACAACGCAAUCCGCAAUUUGACUUUUUAAAGCCGACGCACCCGUUGUUUGCCUACUUUACGGCACUUGUGGAGAGCUACACGAUGGUGUUGGCCAAACAAGACGCGCAGCUGAAGCGGAUAGAGGAAGGCGUGAAUCGCAUGCAGGUGUUGGAUCGCUGUGUGCAUCGAAUGGAGUGGCAGCGGACCGAGCAAGAACGCAAGGACAAGGAGGCUGCAGAGAGUGAUGCAGAGCGACGUGCACUUGCACAGAUUGACUGGCAUGACUUUGUGGUUGUCGAGACGAUCAAUUUCGACGAUAAUGAUGAUUUGGGCGCUUCUGCUGCUGAUGGUGAUGGAGAAGCAAAGGCAUCAGAUGAUGAAGAUAUGGAUAUGGAGGACGAUGACGAUGAUAAUGAUAAUGAUGACGAUCCAAAGCCAGAUAUUAAGGUGGUUGAGGACUAUAUACCGCAAGCCAUGGCAGCGACAGCGCAACAACCACUGUUGAGUGUGGAUGGAAAAACACUUUCGUCUGCUGAGGCCAAUGAACACAUGCGCAUUCUGUUAAUGAAUCCAAAGUGGCGCGAAGAAACGCAGCGUCAUUUGGAAAAGCAGAAAGAAAGCUCCUACGCGGCAGGCUCGGCGAUUGCAGACUCAUUGCGGCGGUUUGCAACGAAGCGUGCAGACAUAUUUGCUUCUUCUGCUGAAGAAGAAGCGCGGUUGUUGCAAGCGACGGCAGCAUCGACUGAAAAGCAACAGCAGCAGCAGCAUCAGCAACAGCAACAGCAACAGCAUGAUGACGAUAUGGAAGAAGAUUCCGACGAAGAAGAAAAAACAGAGUCUUAUUCAGGGACAAAUCGAAACCAGCAAAUGUCAGUGUCCACUGGGUUUACUGACCAAGGGAUGAUGCCUACAAGUGCUCAAAUGUCUCAACAUGCUGCAGGGAUGACUGAUCCCAUGGUGUCAGGAUCGAUGAGUGGGGCUCCAGGCAUUGCUUCUCCGGUUGUUGGCUUUCCAGGAAUGGCUCCUCCGGUAGUGGGAGCUCCUGGUAUGAUUCCAUCGCCUGGGAUGGUACCGUCUGGCAUGGGAGCUCCAGGCAUGGGUUCUCUUGGAAUGAUGUCUGCCGGAAUCGGAGCUCCUGGCUUGGUACCUCCAGGUGCUGGUCCCCCCAGCAUUAUCCCCCCACACAUGCAAGCGCCUGGUGCUAUGCCACUAGGAGUGAACAAUGGUCCGCCUGGCGUCGGUACUGGUCCUCCUGGUGUAGCGACCGCAGUCGUAGGACCCCCGGGCGAAGAUCUUGAACCAGCCGCAAAGAGACAGCGUACUGGCGGAUCAUCUUUGCUGCCAGAAAAGGAGUUUGCGUCCCGGCAUCCGGGGGUGGUGCGAUUGGUUGUGAAAGUUCCGAACGAUCCAGACAACGCCCAAUGGAAACUAGAGGGUCAGACACUGACGAUAGAACUGGAUGUGAAGGACAAUAUGCGGACGCUCAAGCAGAAGUUGAUGGCCGAGUUGCAGGAUAUGCCAGUGAACAAGCAGCAGCUCAAGUUUUCGAUGGGGUUCGUCAAGGAUUCCCUCACGUGCGCACACUACAAUUUCGUUAACGGCACGGUGCUUGAGCUGACUGUUCGCCAGCGUGGUGGCAGGCGGUAG